AUGUCUCGAGUCGUCAAAGGUGGUCGACUGUUCAAACCAGUGGCAAAGCCCAACACUGCGGGAUCGAGGAAAACAACAACCGAACCACCAACAGAGCAAACUCAACAGCUGGGCCCUCAACUACCCACCCCUCCAUCCACCUCAAAAACAACUGACUAUCCUCCGGUCAACAAGCCCCCAGCCACCGAUAACCUCCCCCUGUUCAGGCCUGAGACAAGCCCAACCCCAUCCUUAUCUGAACAUGCCCAAGCUCCUCAACCCACCUGCUCAUCAUCAACAUCAACAUCAGCAGAAGCAGAAGCAGCAAAAGCAGCAACCACAUCCUCAUCGAUCGCAAUAAGCCACACUCCCGACAAGCAGCUCUCGGCAGCUGAGAAGAUGAAACUGAAGGCCAAGGCUGCUAAGGCUGCCCGGGCAGCUGAGAAGCUGAGGAACCCUUCAGCCUUCCGUCGUUCUACCUCAGUCAUGACCGACACUUCAACCAUCUCAACCCACAGAAACUCAUCCUCCUAUCGAGCCAUCAGUCCACCGAUCACUACCACCCAAGCCUCACUCAAAACAUUCGACGAUAUCUCAGUACCCGAUCUACAGAACUCCACUCAACAUACAUCCCAACCCUCGCCUCAAAAGGCUUGGUCUCCUCCCAUCGACCCCUUGCUCGACAUUGCUGCAUUCAUCGACGGCACUGCUACGACCACCCUAACCGAUCAACCUUUUAGACAUCCAGACAUCCCUGUCCCCGAUAUCCCCUCUUCUUCUCAUCAUCAUCAUCAUCCUUCUCCUUCUCCAUCAGGCCCAAGUCCUACUCUCUCCGAUCACCAAUCCCAACCCACUAAUACUCAGAAACAACCGACCCCACGAGCCAGUCAAACUAAAUCUAAACCACCGAUCAAAAAACAACGUGCCAAAGUUGUGCGAGCCGAAUCUAAUGAUCCUAAUGAGGAGGAAGAUAUUUCACCCAGACUUAAGCGGAAACAACAUCUUGAAGAACUCAGAAAGAAUAAGAAGAAGAAGAAACCGAAUGAUGAGCGUGGAAACAGUCAGGCUCCAAGUCAGAAUCAGGAUGAUAAUGAUGAUGAUGAUGAUGGAACUCACGCUCAGAUGGAUAAGAUCAACGGGAAAGUAUCUGCACGUUUCAAACGCCGGUUGGAGAAGACAUGCAAAAAACCAGCGAAGAAAACCAAACGGACUCCACAACCCAAGAACAAGAAGAAGAGUAAUUUAGAUCAAGAAGGAGUGGAUGAGAAUGAAGGGCCGGAGGGGGAGGGGGAGGAAGAGGGGGAAGAGUCGGAUGGGCCGUUAGAUCCGACGAAAGUCUCGAUGGCCGACUUGACGAGACCAGAGAGGGCUAAAGGACAGUCGAGCGAGGUGCUCGAGAAGCGGCUCCAACUGAUCAUCGAGCGCCGCGAUCGGGAGAAAAACGAACGGCUGAUGGCCCGCUUGGAGGCGAAGAAACAGGCCCGACUGGUCCUCUUUAAUCGCGCCCAAUCCGUCAAGGCUAGACGUAAAUCGUUAAGUGAUCGGCUGGAUACGGAUCUCCAGAAUGAUGAUCAUCCCGAUCGGAUGAGUACUGGUUCUUCUCCUCUUCAGGAAGCAUCGGAAACCACUCCGGCUCAACAACAACAAGAAGAAGAAGAACAGCAGCAACAACAACAGGAUGAAGAUCCGAACGAGAGUCGCAAGCGAAAGAUCAUGGAAGAAUACGGCCUCGAGGAUCUGGAUUCGGACGACGAUCUAGCAGACUUCGAGGAAGUCGAGUACUCCGAAUUCAAGACCUCGGCCAAGAAAUCUUCGCAACCUUCCAAAUCGACGACUACUACAUCCGUCGAUCAAGCAAAUCAACAAGAUCCACAGGAUCAGGAGGAGCAGGAGGAGGAGGUCGUGGAAGAAGAGUUUAAUGUCGACGAUUUCGUCCCCCAGGCCGCCCACUUUGCGCCCCAAUUGAGAGUCGUUAAUGGCCAGAUUAUCCUAGACCAAGACUCGUUGGAAGUCGAUCGUCGUGACCAAACUCCCCAAUUGGACGAGAUGGAGGUCGUCGAGGAAAGCGAUUCGACUCGCUUGGUGAAUUCAAAUACUUGGAGUAAGGCCGUGCGUGGUGAACGCUGGUCGGUGGAUGAAACUAAUCUAUUCUAUGAUGCGGUGAGAUUAUUUGGGAGUGAUUUCGAGAUGAUCAGCCAACUAUUUCCGGGCCGUACGCGACGACAGAUCCGGCUGAAAUGGAACAAAGAGGAGAAGAAGAGUCCGGAGGAGAUCACGCGAGCGUUACUUGGGGGACCGAAGCGCGACUCGAGCACCUCUUCGCCCUCCUCCGUCGUGUUACCGGAAGAACUCUCGCCGAUCUCAGAAGAAGAAGAAGGAUUGGGGGAAUCGGUGGAGGAUCUGGUGAUCCCAUCCCAGUUGAACGGCUUCUCCGAAUACGCCAGGAUCGUCGGCAUCGAUACCUCCGGCCCGAUCCCCGCCGAUCCCAUGGAUAAAUGGCGCGAGAAAGAACGCCUGGAGUUCGAGGAAAAUCGCCGGCUCUCCGCCGAAUCUUCUUCGACUAAUAAGGCUAAGAAGAAUGGCGUCGAGUCGCCCGGUAAUCUCGACAUUGAUGAUGAUGAUGAUGCCGAACUCGUCGAGGAAAACUUCGGCGGUUGGGGCGAAUUGGAUGAUUUGUAA